GCCUUGAGCCCUCGUGCGCGCGUACCCUCGUUGUUCGGGGAACAUGGCCGCUUUCAGCAAGUCCAUACCGCACAGUUGCUAUGAAAUAGGACACACCUGGAGUCCGUCGUGCAUACUUUCAACGUUACAGGUGACAGCCGGUGCUCUGGAGGCCUCUUUCAAGAUCUAUGCACCGUUGUAUCUAAUUGCGGCCCUCUUAAGGAGGCGAAAAAAAGACUAUUACAAGAAGAGACUCAUUCCUGAGAUCCUGCAGUCCACGUCCUUUUUGACUGCAAAUGGGGGCUUGUACAUUGCCUUUUUCUGCAUACUUAGGAGGCUGCUGGGUCGUUUCUACUCCUGGUCUGCAGGCUUUGGAGCCGCACUGCCUGCCUCGUACAUUGCUAUUCUGAUAGAACGUAAAAGCAGGAGAGGACUUCUAACAAUAUAUAUGGCAAACCUGGCGACUGAGACAAUAUUCCGGAUGGCUGUCACGCGAGGCAUUGUUAAACCUUUAAAACAUGGAGAGGUUCUGCUCUUCUGCCUGACUGCAUCGCUUUACAUGUUUUUCUUCAGGUGUAAAGACGGACUUGAGGGCUUUGCUUUUUCAGCAUUAAAGUUUAUCGUUGGCAAGGAGGAGAUCCCCACACACUCCUAUCAGGAGCUAGGCAGCACUUCCUGCUCUGAGAGGGCAGCACCGCCAGCCAGCCACACACCAGAGGGGGUGUGUGCUUCGUCCCGGGGCAGGGCCAUCGCUGCCCUGACCCGCAGGCUUCUGGACUCGCUCUGCAAGCAUGGACCUAGACAUAGGUGCUGCAAACACCAUCAAGACAACUGCAUAUCCUACUGUGUCAAAGGCUUCAUCCGCAUGUUCAGCGUGGGCUAUCUCAUCCAGUGCUGUUUGAAGGUACCGUCUACAUUUAGGCAGGUUUUCACCAAACCCUCUCGCCUUCUGUCGCUGCUCUACAACAAGGAGAAUUUCCAACUUGGAGCCUUUCUCGGCUCCUUUGUCAGUAUAUACAAGGGGACCAGCUGUCUCCUGAGGUGGGUCCGAAACAUUGACGACGAGCUUCACGCUCUCAUAGCAGGGUUUCUCGCAGGCACCUCCAUGUUCUUCUAUAAGAGCACCACCAUCUCAAUGUACCUCUUCUCCAAGUUGGUGGAGACGAUGUACUUCAAAGGUAUUGAAGCAGGUCACUUCCCCUACUUCCCUGAAGCUGACACAGUAAUAUACGCCAUCUCCACUGCUAUCUGCUUCCAGGCGGCAGUGAUGGAAGUGCAGAAUCUACGGCCAUCAUAUUGGAAGUUUUUACUACGAUUGACCAAGGGCAGGUUCGCUCUGAUGAACAGGAAAGUGCUUGAUGUGUUUGGGACCGAAGCUUCUAGAAAGUUUCGCGACUUCACUCCCAAGCUGGACCCCAAGUACAUGCUGGUCCCGCCGGAUGCAGGCAUGCCGCUGAGUUAAUGGGCCAGCCGCCCGCCGGUGUGAUGACCACUCGGAGAGCCUGGUUUUAAUGUGAAUGGCAACGCCUUGGUUGAGCAUGUCAUCCUGGUGUUGCACGGAAGCAGUAUUACAUCUGUAUCCACUUACAAUCAAUGGAAGUUAAUCAGAAGGAGUUUUUUGUUAAGUGGAUCAUGAUUGAAUCAUUGCCACCGAUUAAGGCCUUGUUUGUUUACUUUUACAGUGGAGGGUGAGACCUCUCGUCAUUCAUUAAGUGAGUCAUAAAGAAAACUGACUUGAUUCCUUAAUUGGGACUGAGAGCAUGAAUUUAAAACUAGGCUGUUGAGAGAUUUAAAAAAAAAAAAUCUCUUCAUAUUCAAAUACAAGAAUAUAUGAUCA